CAGCAAACGGUGGCUGUGGACGAGCUGUCUGGUUUGAAGAAGGACAGAAAAGUGUACGUCCAGCAGAGGAACAGCAACAUAUUGUUCUUAGCGGACAGAGGACAGACCUUGAGUUCAUGCAAGAAGAAGCUGGACAGCCUGACGAAGGAGUUACAAGACCUGUGAAGCGGAGCGAUCCUGCAACCAUGUGCGGCAUCUUCUGUCUUGUGAGUCCAGCGUCCUCUCGGUUCACGUGGGACAAAGGCAUUUACGAACAUUUAAAAAGAAGAGGCCCCGACUCCAGCGAGGAUUUCAUUGUCUCGGGCUCCGAUCCUCCUUACCGCUGCUUGUUCUCGGCUCAUGUUCUCCACAUGAGAGGUCUCCUCACAACUCAGCCGCUCCGGGACCCUGCCGGCAACGUCCUGGUCUGGAACGGGGAGGUCUUUGGUGGUUUACAAGUCCUGCCACUUGAAAACGACACCGCUGUUGUUCUGAGGCAUUUGUCUUCUUGCAGCGAUCCGUCUGACAUUUUGUCUGUCCUGUCCACCGUUCGAGGUCCCUGGGGGUUUGCGUACUACCAAAAGAGCCAAGAUUGCCUCUGGUUCGGGAGGGAUUACUUUGGGAGAAGGAGUUUGCUCUGGAAGUAUGACCAAACACUGAAGGCCUUGACCCUCAGCUCUGUGGGGGCCAGCUCUGAGGGACCCGGUCAGUCCAGUCCCUGUGAACCCGGGCACCCUGACUCCUUUCGAUCCCAGCAGUUCGGCACCAGUGGAUCUGGCCAGUCCAAUGCUUGUGGACCGAGUCAGUCCAGCCCUGAUAAUCCUGGAUUGUGCGUAUGGCAGGAGGUCCCUGCGGCCGGCGUGUACAGAAUCGACCUGAAGUCAGUUGUAGAAUCCGGCUCACCCACGAUAGAACUUUAUCCCUGGUCUCAGGGUGGAGAUGAUCGGGUUUCCGCUUGCCUGGAGACGACUCGGCUUCCUGGCCCGGGCACCUGCGUCAUACUGAAGAACCCCCCGGGCCUGCUUCGAUCACCCGUCGGUCCUUUGAAUACGACGCUGAAAGAGCAGCGCGAAAUAGAGCCCAUCGGGGAGGAUCCGGAAGAACUUCUGGAGAAGAUCAAGAAGGAUCAAGCGGUGAAAGGUCUGAUCGAUGUUCUCAGCGAGGCCGUCAGGAGACGCGUGCAGUCUUUGCCCAAUGAAUCACAAGUCGGCGACCAUUCCAGCAUUGGCAUCCUUUUCUCAGGCGGCGUCGACUCUAUGAUUCUGGCCCUCUUAGCUCACCGUCACGUACCCGAUUGUCAAUCUAUAGACCUUCUUAACGUGGCUUUUCCACACCGCGAGGCUCAGAAAGCCUCUGCCAAGAAACAAAAAGCCAGUCAGAGUCAGUCCGAAACCCAAACACGCAUCACAUUCAAUGUCCCGGACAGAAUCACCGGCAAAUCCGGCCUCAAGGAACUACAGGCCUUGGCUCCGGAGAGGCGAUGGAACUUUGUGGAAGUGGACGUGACGCAGGAGGAGCUGCAACAAGCGCGACGCCAACGCAUCAGUCACUUGGUACACCCACUGGACACUGUCCUGGAUGACAGCAUCGGCUGCGCGGUGUGGUUCGCGGCCAGAGGCAAGGGGUUCCUGGACCGGGACCACGACCGGAUCGGCUUCAUGUCUUCGGCCAAGGUCAUUCUGACAGGAAUCGGAGCCGACGAGCAGCUGGCAGGUUACGCGAGACACAGGGUGAGGUUCAAGACAUCCGGAUACCAAGGACUGGUCCAAGAAAUAGCCAUGGAGCUCGGCAGGAUCUCCUCCAGGAACUUGGGAAGGGAUGACAGAGUGAUUGCAGACCACGGGAAAGAGGCCAGGUUCCCGUACCUGGAUGAGAGCGUGGUGAGCUACCUGAACUCUCUGCCCAUGCGUGACAAGGCCGACCUGACGCUCCCACGGGGCGUCGGCGAGAAACUGCUGCUGAGGCUGGCCGCCCGCCGGCUGGGCCUCGGGCCGUCCGCGGUCCUGCCCAAGAGGGCCAUGCAGUUUGGCUCGCGCAUCGCCAAGAUGGAGAACGGCCGCGAGAAGGCGUCGGACCGCUGCGGCAGGCUGCUCGCCGAGUAGGCGGAAGGAUUCGUGGUGUCUGUGGAUCAAGUUCGCCAAUCAAAUUUGGAAGGAUGUGCUCCGGUGCUCUCUCUACAUCAUGUAUGCGGGCAUGUUUUGGAGUUUGUCCUUGAAAUAUUGGUCGCAGUCCACGUAGGACCGCAAGUUGCCCACGUCGAAACGCCCGCCAAUCUCGUGUACGAACACGGGUUUUCUGUGAAAUGGGGAAAAAAAUGUAUUAAAAAUCUGCCUCACAGAAUACUGUCCUCAAAUUCACGUUUCGACAUCUCAAAUUUCAUGUUAGAUCGAGCAAUUAUUAAAUCCAUUUAGAUUACAUCGAAAGAAAGCAGUGUUUUCUAGCAUAAAAUUAAGAUAUCUUUGUUACUAUAUUAAAAAUGAAUACAUGAUUGAAAUGGACUAUUUGUAAUGCAUUGGUUGAAUAUUAAAAGCCGAACUGGGUCCCUCAUCGUAAUUGAUCAGGAAUAUUUCCGGAAUACAUUUGAUUCUAAUUCGUAACAGCAAA